GUUGUGUACACUAUCCGCGACCCUCGAGACCUCUGCCUCUCGUAUCACCAUCACUCACGCCUCUUCAAGUAUGAAGGUUUCACUGGAACUUUUGAUCAAUACGUCGAUGCCUUCCUUGAAGACUCGGUGUUGUACGGGCCGUACUGGGCACACGUGAAGGCAGCUUGGGACCGUCGCCACCUGCCCAACAUGCUCGUCCUCUUCUACGAGAAGAUGAAGAAAAAUCCCAAGGCGGAGUUCAUGAAGCUCAGCAAGUUUCUGGGUGUCGACCUGAACGAGGAACAAAUUGACAAGAUUGUUCAGUACACGAGUUUCCACGAGAUGAAGAAGCGAGACGAUCACGUCAUUAAUAAAGGCGAUGCCGAAAUAAUAAUGGACUUGCAGUUUGCCAAGGCCGAGGGAGGUUUCUUCAGAUCAG